ACCGUGUAAUGGGCCGAAGGGGUUGCCUUGAGGAUCAAAAGCUGAGUGGGGGUAACCUUGCUCUGAGGAAUAGCAUGCGUUUCCAAAACCUGUGCGCUUUAUUCGCAGAUAUGAUCUUACGAAGAACGGUUCUGGUCUUAGGGAUGCCAACCAUGAGAGACUUUCUAGGUGCAAAUAUGUUUAUGAAGGUUUAUUCUACGUUCGUCGGUAUUGGAUAGAAAGAGGGCCUUUGGGAAAGAUGAUUUACAAGUUCAGAUUGACCAGAAACCUGACAAGAAAUAACCAUGAUGGGAGUGCUCCAGUUUGUUCGAAUAGUUCAAGAGCUCUUGAACGUGUCUAUGUGGAUGAUGAUAUAGGUCAAGGGAGAGAAACGGUAUCAAUUCAAGUUUUUGGUGCAGUUUGUAAGGUGCAACCUUCACCUUUCAAUUACAUUACUGAUAUCACUUAUCCAGAGCUAAAGGAUCUGUCUCCUUCAAUCGGUUGCAAUUGCAAGGAAGUAUGUCGUUCCAGGAUAUGUUCUUGUGUAAUAAAGAAUGGAGGGACAUUGCCAUACAAACGAGAUGGACGAAUUUCGAAGUUUAAGCCCCUUGUUUAUGAGUGCGGCCCAUCUUGUACUUGCUCGCACUCUUGCAUUAACAGAGCAAGUCAAAGUGGCAUCAAGUUUGACCUAGAGAUAUUUCAAACUCGAGGAAAGGGGUGGGGCGUCAGAUCACAAUCACACAUCCCAUUAGGUAGUUUUGUUUGCGAGUACAUUGGCAAAGUACUUCCAGAUGAGUUAGUUUCGCCAGAGUUCAACAAACACAAGUAUUUCUUUAAUAUCGGGGUUGGUGGUGCCACCUGCAAGCAGAGUGGCAAGUGCUUUACUAUUGAUGCCAAGGCGCAAGGAAACAUCGGGAGGUUUAUCAACCACAGUUGCUCUCCAAAUUUAUAUGCACAAAAUGUGCUCUCUGAUCACCAUGACAAGAGAAUGCCGCACAUAAUGUUUUUUGCUUCGAAAGACAUACCUCCAUUAAGAGAGUUGACUUUUGAUUACAGAGUUAGCCAUGUUCGUUGUGCUGAUGUCCUGCGGAGGAUGAAAUGUUACUGUAAUGCUAUAGCAUGUAAGGAAAAGCGUCCCAAAUGAAGAAUGAAGUUGUUAAAGGUCGUGCUGGAAUACGUACUUUCUUUUUUUUGACAUGGUUGAAG